AUGUUUCUGCCUUUACACCUAUGCCUGGUGUUCGCCUCAUUUACCAUGGCGAUUUCAACAACAAAUUAUAAUUCACCCAAGAACUUUAAAUUCAAUUCUGAUGCUGUUGUCUGUGCUGGAGAAUACUACGAAUUCGAAUGUCAACUAGAAAAAUUCCCAUUAGAUGGAUUACUGGCAAUUUAUAAGCUUGAAAAUCAAUUUGUCCCAGCCAAUCUAAGCGCUGAGGAAACACAAGUGGCGAACUCCUUUGGUAAGGAGCCACUUCCCGGAUUAGUCAUCGAUACCUUGAGAGAUAUCUUCGAGAAGCAUGGAAUUCAGAAACGGAAUCGGACGUAUGACAAAGACAAUAGAAUAUUUAAAUAUAUACAUGGACCAUUAAAUGACAAUGAUUCUGGACUUUAUUAUUGUCGUUUUAUUAUUCCUGAUGGGGUAUCAAACAUGAUUUCGCCUUACAUGAAACUUACAGUUGAUACAAACUGUCCGAAAGGAUGGAAGUACUGGAUUCAUUCACUGAUUCCGUAUAUCUGUUUGCUCCUCUUCUUGUCAAUUAUUGCGAUAUUCAUUUACAUAUGGAGACGUAAAUCUGUGUUCACUGUCUACAGGUUAAUAUCUAUUUCCCGUUCAAUUGAAUAUUAUGAGCCAAUUAUGAAACUAAGAGACAUAGACAGUAAUGCAUAUACUUCAGAUCCUAUUCACGAGCCUGUAAUAAAAACAAAAACUGUUGUUACUCGACAUCCUCCUAGGUUUAUAACUGAUCUGAGAGAAAAAAUUCUGCAUAGAACAACAUAUUUAGAUCGUCAACCACAUUCGUAUGUCUAUCCUGAUUCAGACGAUGCACACCGCAUAAAACAACUGAAUGAUCGAUUUUUAGCCUCUUAUCGACUUGAAAAAGAUGGAGAUUAUGAAUUCUGUCGGCAUAAUCUUCAAUUAAUUGGUCGUUUGGGUUCAGGAGCAUUUGGAAUUGUGUAUCGAGGUAUAGCAAAAGAUCUACCGAAAGGUCCAAAGAUAAGUGGAAGCUUAGAUGUAGCUGUCAAGACGUUAAGAGACGAAUUCACUGAAGGUGAUAUUUAUGAAUUUUUACGUGAAAUGGAUAUCAUGAAACAAUUGAGUCAUAAACACGUCAUUGAAUUAUAUGGAGUCUGUACAGAAAAUGGUUCACCAUUUCUUAUCAUGGAAUACGCUCCAUAUGGGAAUCUUAAAAGUUACCUUUAUCGUCAUCGAAAGAUUUGGACAAAUCGUGAAAAGUUAAAUAUUGUACUUUUGUGUUUUGGACAUCAAGUUGCUUCUGGUAUGAAAUACCUAGAGUCGAAAUAUCUUAUACAUCGUGAUUUAGCUGCUCGUAAUAUUUUAGUCGGUAGACAGUAUACACUGAAGAUAGCUGACUUCGGAAUGACAAGAUACUCUGAGACUUACUAUCGUAAAAUAAAAAGUGGUCGUGUUCCAGUAAAAUGGUUAGCACCAGAAUGUUUGAUGGAUAGAAUUUAUACAAUAAAGUCAGAUGUUUGGUCAUUCGGUGUACUUCUCUGGGAGGUAUUCACACUUGGCUCCACUCCUUUCCCAAAUACUGAAAUCACAGAAAUUAUCAGAUUAAUUCAGUCUGGUGUACGAAAUCCUAAACCGGUGUUAGCAUCGAAUGAGAUCUAUGAAUUAAUGUGUAAUUGUUGGAAAGCUGAACCAGCUGAAAGAUUAUCAUUUACUGAAUUAGUUGAUUUGCUAGAAUUACACAUUAAUCAAACUGAUCCAAUGAUGUUGACAGUUGGCCAAGAGGAAUUAUUAACAAAGUAUAUUCAUGAAUAUCUGAGGAAUAAUUCUGAUGGUCAAGAAAGCGUUGUUUACUCUAAUCUAAUCCCCAAUAGUAUGGAUAAUAAUAUUAGUAGUAGUAAUAAUAGUGAUAAUAAUAAUAGUAAUAAUAAUUUUACUGAUGAUUUUAAAACUGUACAUAUUUGUUGA